UUCAAACUCUGUUGCCAGUUAAUUUUCAGUAACUAGUUGAAGUAGACAACAAAACAAAGAGGCCCCAACAAGACGAAGUAUAAUUCCCAAGAAAACUACAUACUACAUGUUGUAAUAGGCAAAGAGCGCAAAUCAAAUCAAACGCAGACACAACAACAACAAAGCAGCAGCUGCAUUUAGUUGGACUCUGCCUGGAGUCCUUCGAUCUGUGAAUAGGCGUGGCAACAAGAGGAGCAACGGAAAGGAACAUACAACAAAAAGCAACAGAAAUCACCGCUUUAGCCUUAAACCCAUUAGAUAUUAGCACAACCAGAAGCUGAGCAAUAUAUUUCAAUUAAAUAAUUCAAAACCUCAGAGAAACUGUGACCUAAACAGAAAAAACAAAACAAAAGCAACAGAAUGUCUUCACCCAGUGCUGGCAAACGACGCAUGGACAAUGACGUCAUCAAGCUAAUUGAAUCAAAACAUGAGGUUACCAUAUUGGGCGGCCUCAACGAAUUCCAUGUGAAAUUCUUUGGACCCCAGGGCACCCCCUACGAGAGCGGCGUGUGGAAGGUGCGCGUCUAUCUGCCGGACAACUAUCCGUUUAAGUCGCCCAGCAUUGGUUUUGUUAACAAAAUCUAUCAUCCCAAUAUUGACGAAUCAUCGGGCACCGUGUGCCUGGACGUGAUAAAUCAGGCCUGGACGGCCCUAUACGAUUUAUCCAACAUAUUUGAAUCGUUUCUGCCGCAGCUCCUCACCUACCCCAAUCCCGUGGACCCAUUAAACCGGGAUGCGGCUGCAUUGUACCUGCACGAACCGGAGGAAUAUCAUCGCAAGGUCGCCGACUAUGUGCAGCGCUAUGCGACUGAGGAUGCGCUGCGGGCAGCGCAGCAGGAGCGCGACAGCAGCGACAGUGAGUCGAGUAUGUCGGAUUAUAGUGAGGACGAGGCCAGAGAUAUGGAAUUAUAAUAUCGGAUUAAUAAUAAAAUACUUACUAUAAUUAACACUUACGACAACAACAACAACAGCAGCAACAGCAACAAAAUUAACACCAACAAUAAUAACGAUGUUAGCAGCCAAUUGCUUAUUUAAGUAGCCUACGAUUUGAUUCAAAUACAAUCAGAUCUUAUAUAUUAUAUAUACAUGUACACGCAGAACAACAAUAUUAUGAUUUA